AUGGCGAUGGAAGUGGAGUACUCGACCAGGGAAAGGCAUUUGGCUGGGCAAUUGUUUGAUUAUUUUUGCACUACCCAGAGUAUGAAGGAAAUUCUAUCGUCGUAUACACUGCUGUGCGACGUACUCAGGUUGAAGCCUAAUAGAUUAAAUGAAUUUUACCCGAAGCUUAAGGCCAUAUUGAGUAAUAAUUGGAAAGCCCAGGCGCUGUUCACGAAAUUUGAUGAAAGAGCGAACCAUAAAGAAUAUCAAAAGGGCAAAGCAUGUUCAAAAACGCGUGUUCUAAUAAUUGGUGCGGGCCCCGCUGGUCUGAAAAUGGCAAUAGAAUGCCAGUUACUAGGCGCAAAAGUGGUGCUGAUAGAGAAAAGGGAAGAGUUUUCGAGAAAUAACGUAAUCCAUUUAUGGCCGUUUGUAAUACAAGAUCUAAACAACCUUGGGGCCAAAACGUUUUACGGAAAAUUUUGCGCCGGUUCUAUCAAUCACAUUAGCAUAAGACGGCUACAAUUUAUUUUACUAAAGAUGGCACUUCUGUUAGGGGUUGAAGUACACCAAGGCAUUGCCUUCGAUGAUCUUGUGGAGCCAGAAAUAAGUGAGGACGAUGAAAUUACAGGAUGGCGGGCGUUAUUACAACCAAGAACACACCCUGUUUCACAAUACGAAUUUGACGUGCUAAUUGGUGCUGAUGGGCGACGAAACUCGCUACGAGGAUUUGAGAAGAACGUUUUACGUACAAAAUUGUGUAUUGGCAUAACUGUCAAUUUCAUUAAUCGAAAUACUGAGGAGGAGGCGGCGGUGAAUGAAAUUGGUGGCCUCAGUUAUAUAUUUGCCCAACAAUUUUUUAAAGAUAUAGAAAGUGCUACGGGUAUAGACCUAGAGAAUAUAACCUAUUAUAAAGAUGAGACGCAUUAUUUUGUAAUGACAGCGAAAAAAAGUAGUCUUAUUAAAAAGGGCGUACUGUUAAGGGACUACUUGAAUGUACAAACUCUUUUAAGUAAAGAAAAUGUAUCAAGAGAAGCAUUGAUGAAUUACGCACUCGAAGCGGCGCGUACCGCCACCAAAGGCCAAAUUCCGAACAUGACAUUCGCAGUGAAUCAUUGCGGGGAACCUGAUAUAGCAAUAUUCGACUUUUCAACGUCUUAUUCAUCGGAAAAUGCUUCCAUCGUGUACGAGGUUAUAGGAAAAAGAUUGUUAUGUCAGUUGAUAGGCGACAGUCUGAUGGAGCCAUUUUGGCCCACCGGUUCGGGGUGUGCGAGGUGCUUCCUUUCAGCUAUGGACGCGUCGUGGGCCGUACGAACGUGGUGCCAACGGCCGGAGAAGCAUCCGCUGUUUGUCAUAGCUGAAAGGGAAAGCAUCUACAGAUUACUGCCACAAACUACUGCAAACAACUUACAGCCGAAUAUUCCGGCCUACACAAUAGAUCCCAUUUCCAGGUAUUCUAACCUUAAUACCCGAUGCGUCACGCCGAAUUCCGUUUUGAAACUUUAUAUAAGCGAUCACCCAAUAUCAUUGGAUGCAGAGAUGCCACGGCGAGAGACAGAUAAUAUUACGUUAAGGGCGAUGCUCAACUGGGCUGGACAUCCGGACUUGCAAACGGCGACAUGUCCGAAGGCCCUUUGGGAUAUUGUGAUGAGGUAUCGACACGACCUUCUCCCUGAAUACAAUGAAGAGAACUAUAGAUAUAUAUAUGAGUUGCUGGAAGAAACAAUUUUGCCACCAUUACAACUUGAAUACGAUUUAGACGACACGCGUUAUAGGUACCUUUUGGGUGUCUAUGUCGCUUUUAAGGGAGAAGUGCCUUACGCGCCGAGCAUCGCCUUAGACCAAGACAGUAUCCUUUCGCUUUUCCAAUCAAUGGUUUCUGUGCCAAGGCCUAUGCCAGUUCUAACAAACACAACAGUUGCAGUUCCGAGUAUAAAUCCGAACAGGCGACAAACCGUUGAUAACAGGGUAAGUACAAACACAGCUGACUUCAUUAGGAAACGAAUCGGCAAAUUAGAUAUUAAUGAUAUCACCAAACUUGCACGUUUAAUGGAAGGACAUGAUGCAAUAUCAGACUCUGAAUAUUCCGAUAAACAUGCAGAGAUUCACGAUCAAAUAAUAGCGCUCCUAGAUCCUGACGAAUCACCGGACCCACAGAUGGUUAGAGAGGCUAUAACAGAUUUACUUCAAGGCUCUUCCAGAAGUAAAGUUAACCUUCAAGGUGACCUGACGAAAUUCUUCGCAAACGAAAAGAUAAAUGAAAAAAAAUCGUCUAGAUGCCUUAAGGGUCUUGACCCCGAAAGUGUCAAACCUCAAGAUAUUUUGUAUUACGAUGAAUCAGAAACAAACCGUUGUACGAUAUCGAAUAUUUUGGAGAAAAAAACUAUUAAGAAGCUUGUGCGUUCACAAUCAGAUGAAAGUCCCGAUGUUCCUAGAACUGACAUAAUUAAUCGCAGAAAAAAUUCUGAUUCCAUGGUAAGCGUUAGAACCGGUUCCUCGGAAAUUGGUCACGGUAUAAAAGAUAUGAGAGAUUUGUUUGAAGGGAAACUUGAUAAUAGGAAUGAUGACAAGACUUUUAUAACGCAUAGAGAAGACAGGAAGAAGAUGUGUAGAGAUCUGCGCUGGCAACAGUUUGCAAAUAUUAUUGAAGGAAAGAACAACGAUUCGUACCCGUAUAUCGAACCCAAAAAAAAUUUGUCUAUAGGAAACGCUGAGUUAGCAGAGAAGCGACUAAAAAUGGCUGAACUACUGUUAGGUGUCUCGCAAGAAAACGCCUCUGGGACUACACCCCCGCGUAGUUCUGGGAAUGUAGCCUUUAGAAUGCAAAGAAUCACAAAUAUGUUAGCAAGAAACAACACUCAAGCAAAGCUACCUAAAGGCACCAGUAGGAGGAAAGAGGCCCGUGAAAUGAUGAAGGAACGUGUGGAAAAAAGUCUUCAAUUGCUGACACUGGAACCGCCACCCGCUGUAUCCCAGUCUGACUUAGAACACGAUUAUGGACUCCAACAGUACAGAGCGGACGCCCCGGACUUUGACGAACGAGUGAAAAAACUAGAGAAACAACUUCAACACUAUGACGAAUCGGCAAUUGAACCAAUAAAGGCAAUCGGUAGUGGUAUAAGAGUGGCUCAACUAGCAGCCGAGUUAAACACGACGGCUCUACCUAAACCUAAACCUUUAAAGCCAAAAGACCUAAUGAGGGCUAUAGGAAAGAUUAGUCAGGAUGACUGGCAAAUUAAACAAAUCGAAGGAAAGAUUAACGAGAAUAGAUUUGGGCGUCCGAUGCCAUCUGCGGCAGAACGUGUACCCAAAUGGGACCGGGAACAAUUUCUUAACAGACAGCAUAGGGUACAACACGGUCAGACUGAGGACAAGUGGACGGCUGGCGAUACAAUCAUAAAGCGGGUCGAUACCAAACUGAAGGACACUGGAAGGCCAGAACAAGGAAGGACUUCGGUAAAAUCUCUGAUGGCGAAAUUUUUGGAUAGGCCCGUCCCCCCGGUGCAAGUUCUUCAAGAGAAUCCGGGCCUAUCGAAGGGUGGACAGCGACAUGUAGACCGAAGUGCAGCUAUUGUUCAACCUGGUAAUGCUUAUUCAACCCAACCCACUGAGGCAGUAGAUAGCCCAAUAAGUCAGGAUGUUGCCACCAUUCCUAAUCCCUCAUCAACCCCCAAGUCCACUGAGGCAGUCGAAAGGAGUAUCCAUGGGCUUGAAGAUAGCCCAACAAACCAGGACUUGCCUAGCAUUUCAACAAUAAACGAAUCAAAUACAUCUAGAUGUUAUCCCGUAUAUAAUGAUAGUGAUGACUACCAAAUGGACGACGAUAUGCUGAAUUAUCUUAAUGAUGUUUUUGAAUCUGCGCCAAUAAAUAUGCCGAGUACCUCUGCGUAUGAUGGUUCAGCAUCUAGUUUGGAAACGGCCUCAAAUCGGCAACAGACAAGGAAAAAACGACCACACAAAAAGAUCGCUUCAUCCAGCAGCGAGAUGGAGUCUGACGAAGAGGACAGUGAUUCUAGUGAUGACGACGAAAAGUCAUCAGGCACUGAAGUUUCAACUGAUAGUGAAUUUGCUUGUGAAGACAUCGGCGUCAAUAUUCCACCUCCUGCAAUACUAGUCACUGAAGCUCCUCCUCACAUUUCACCUCCUCAAGAUUAUCCACUAAAUCGAACGAAAUCUGCAGGUGGCUUAGCUACUAAACGAGCUCUUGAGCUAAAACGUAAAUAUUUAUUAGGAGAAUCUAGUCCACCUGCCGUCAGAAAGUCAGAAUCCACUUCCCAAUUAGACUCGAAACUCGAAGCGUUCCGAAUAAACAUCACCGAGUUCCAAAAAAUGUUACAUCCUGCAACACCUACACCUCAAACAGGCACACCCAUCCUCUCCUACCAAUUUACUUUCGAAGAGAAAAAGCCACCGCCUGAUAUCCCUGACAUCAUUAAGAAUAUAUGCAACCAUGUCCCAGUUGACUUACUUACUAAAGGAGAUUCUAUACUCGAUUGGAAGAAACCAUUUAGAAACGAGAGAGAUCCAGAUUUGGAAACGGACUCUCUGUCGGAUGAGUCAUCUUCUUCUGAUACUGAGCCCAACCGAUCUGUACCGAGACUCGAAGUACACAAUGAAGGUGGAGAAUUGAUACAAUUAGAUAGUUUGAUUCUAUUAAAUAAUGCAGUAGAAGAUAAAAUGUAUUCACGAACGACGACGGAAGAAGCUCCAGCUCUACUUGCCGAAGAAUCAGAAUCGUCCGAGUCUUGUAAAGAUGCAACUACAAUUGCUCUUACAGAAACUGAACUAUCGGAUUGGGCAACAGAAAUUGUUGUUAUAGAUGACUGCGGCCCAGAUGAAAAUGGUGUGAGGAAACGAAACAAAAACCCCAGAACUUUAAGUGGUCCAAAACUGAUUCAAGGCUCUAAAAAUGUAGAAACCAUACCGUCACACGUUUGUGGGCGGGACGGCUCUGAAUCCGAACUAGUCGUCUAUUCGAACGCACCUGAAUACUUUGAAUUUGCAGACGAAGGUGAUCAGGAUCCUACCAUAGAAUCGACAUCAACACCUUGUAAUGAAGGUUACAUGGAACUGGUUGAUGAUGAAUACGAUCCCUACUCGGCGUCAAGGGAUCGCUCUAUAAAUUUUAUAGAGAGAGUCUGCUCUGACACCACAAUGAAACCUGACACGCACGAUACUCUCAAAUUUGCAUCAAACUUUUCAGAAUCACUAGAAUUCAUCGAUAGCUCAGAAUCCAAAUCGGGAAACUUACAUAAUACAAAAAUAGCAUCUGAACCAUUUUCCUUUUAUGAGAAAAUCCCGAGAUUAAAUGAAAGUAACGAUUCUUGCAGUUCGUCCUGUGCAUUGAAAAAUGUUGAGAAUAGUAUUAUAAUCGAGGCUGUAAAUGACUUCAAAGUACAAAAAGAAUCGCUAACGGAAAUUUCUCCACCAUUAUUAAGUAUGACUGACAAAAACGGGGUCGCAGCAAGUUAUAGUAGUACCAAAAAUGGCAACUCUUUAGAUGAUGUGUCGCCACCGUUACUCUCUGACAGUAUUAGCCAUUCUCGUAGCUUAACUAAGGUAAACUACGAGACUAAGCCAAUACCUGGAGAGAAAUUUAGAAAUAUACGCAAUUAUUCGCCAGCAAUUUGUCGUUCAGCCAGCGAAAAUUUAGGUGGACCUCGAACUAAAAAAACGACCUCAAGUGACAGUAAUUGGUCGAUACCUUUAAAUUAUAAGAUUCCUAGAGCUAGGGACAGCCCUUAUCAAUUACAGUCGCAAUUAACGAAAGUAGAAGAGUUAAAGCGGCAAAGAGAAGAACAAACUGAAGUGGUAAGAAGACUGGUCCUACAGCGAUUGGGUGGAGCGAAACUCGGCAAGAAAUCUACCGCAAGAAGUAGAAGUAGAGUCCUACCAUCAACUAUGACUCCGCCCCCAGUACCUCCGCCGCCCAUCUUACCAGCGCCCUUGCUACCCGAAAUAUUUCCAGAAGUUCCUCCACGACCCACAUCACAGCCCCGACUGUCCUUAUCGAUGCAAUCUUCCCUCUCAGACCCAGAAUUAAAUAGAGAACAACGGUCCAGCAAGGGUUUCCUUAAGAGUAUAUCUAAUUAUUUCAACAAGCAUCUUGGACCUAAGCACAAGUGUGAAUCGGAGCCGGACCUGACGACGCACCCCGCUCGGCCUAAUGAGAGAGCAAACUCAAGUCGACACACGUGGUACCAGCCCACGGCAACCACACCUCAAUCUACGCCUCGUCCAACAGUGAGCGCGUCCGACGCGAGUCCUCUGCGGGAGAAUACAGUGAUAAGUCCAAAUUUUCGACGGGAUCGAAGCUCUGGAACCCGCAUAGACACAGUAAACCAGCAGGUUGAUCAACAAUAUAUGUCUUCUGAACGAGAUAGGCCUGAAUCAGACGUGUUGGAGAUGCCUCUGCCCGCACCACCGUCGGCAGCAGCUACGACUGCUGGAAACAUACGUGAUAAAGAUAAUGAAAAUCAAGACCACAUCGUUGCUCAGAUAUUAGAUAUACGGGCUACGGAAGAGUCCAGGAGGUCAAUGGAAGAAGCACAAAGAACGAUGGAAAGCAUGUUGAGAGCUAAGUGGGGAAGCGUCGGAGAUUAG